GGGAGGGUGCGAGGGGGACCCAACAUUGCGUGGGAGCAGAGAUGACAAGAUAGUAUUGUACCUAACUAGUAUUUCAAGGUGUACUGGAAAAUGUAGCAUUUAUAUGCAAAAUGAGAGUGGUUUUGGGGGUUGUAAUAUAUGAAGUGUAGCUCCUGCAAUUACCUCAGCUGCUGUUGGAGAGCUGUGUGCACCGCAGAGCAAACACUGUUCAGCAGACGUGGCAAAGUGGGGCUCUUUUCGAGUGCAGAGUAUUUUAUUCACGUGUGUUUGCUCAUUAUUUUACAGUGGGAUUUAGUCUGUAUUCUGAAAAUAAAGUGAUUAUAUAUAUUUUUUUCCUUUCAUAAAUGUACACAAAUGUAUCUCAGUAAGUGUUUUUAAUGAGUAAACAGCUGAGCGAGUCCAGUUUCAUUGUGGGCCAGCGGAGUGGAAGAGUUGGUGGUAAUGCAAGUAAAACACUGAGGAUGCUUUAGAGAUGUGGAAGACUUGAUGCAGUUGUUGGGGCUUUCCAGGCCAAUAUCUUGUCUCUAGCGAUGGCAAUCACUUGAUAUUUCAAAGAGAACUCUCAAAAUCUAGCAAUCAGCAGACGUGACUCAGUUUGCCUCUUACAAAGGUUUUGUGAUGAUCUAAGUCUCUGGGCUUAGGAACGUCUUGUUAUGGCAACAGGUGAAUCAUGAGCUGCUGUGUAUCGUUCCCAAUGUGCCGAUACCAGAUGUCAGAUUGGAGAAGGACAAUUAGUUGGAGAUUCUCAGGAGGAAUUGGACUGUGCCCCCAAAACAGGGCUCUCAAGCAGAGCUCAGCGCAGCCCACACUGAGAGUUUCCAUGCACAGGCAGUUGUUGUUUGUGGCUGGGGAACACCCCAGCCUUCCUGCUUGUAAAGCUGCCACUUGGAUGCUGCAAUAGCCUGCCCUGAAAGCUUAAUCCUCUCCUUGAAAGAGUACUCACGCUAGCAAGGUGUGUAAUGCUAGCCAGUAGCAAUAAUUUUCUGAGCUGUUGCCUUUUUUCUGCCUGAAACAGUUACUAUAAAACACAUUCCUUGGGGAGUGUCAGAAUGCUACAGGUGUUACGCAUGCAAGCAAAGUAUUAAAGAUUAAAAAAAAAGGCACAAAAACUCUUUCUGUGGGUUAUAUUUGCCUUAGGCUUAUAUCUAUCUGUCUAUAUCUAAAAGGCUUCACCAGAGCUGUAAAAAUGCAAGCAGUGUCUUUUCGAGAGCCUUUGUGUAUAGGUACAUAUACAUGCGUGUGCUUUUUUCCUUCUUGGCAAAAGGAGCAGUGUCAGAACACACACAGUGGGAUGCACGCCAUUCAGUAAUUGUGUUGUGUGUGUGUGCGUGCACGCCGUUCUUUGAAAGUGCAAACUGCUGCGGGAGAGGCAUUGGAACCACAUGAAAGGGCUGCAGCUCCAGGGCAGAGCAAUCAAGAGGGUGCUCUCCUGCUUUUUUUGGGCUGGAUGUGAAUGGAAGGAAGGCGGUGCGCUGCAUUCGGGAUGGAGCUCUGCAUCUCUGGAAGGUUCUUGCUUUCCUCUGACUUGCGUUAUGUCUCGGGAAGGGUGCUGUGUGUCUUCUGCCUCCGUAAGAGCAGAGAGGCACAGCCACCUGCAGCGUGGCCUCUGCUGGAGAUCAGGGGAGCACAAUGGAGUUGUUAGGUUCAGUAUGUAUUUGUUUAACUGUUCUUAAGAUGCAAACUAUGCAACAAGACCUCUAAAUACUAAGCACUUCUCACCUGCACAGAGCAGUUUAACAUGAGGGUGGACCUGCAGGAGCAAUUCCCGCAGUAUUCCUUCCUGGGGCUCCUGACCAUGCACCGUGCCACGUGUAGGGCAUUGCAUCCUAUUGUUCUGAGUACAGGCUGUGGCUGACAGACCGUCAGGGUGAAGGUACUCAGCGCUGCGUCCCUCACCACUACCUGAAUCAGGUGACACAAUUUGUGCUGACUCAGUCCCAUACCGGGACCGGCUUUUGAAAGCAGCUCACACCCUGGGAUGGAACUGCAGCAGCAGUGCAGAUUACGGGGUAUGUUAAUAUAUAAUUAAUGGUAAUGAUACGGACGGUGGGUUAUUACAGGGUAGCUGCCGUGCGUGAGCUCCAGCCUCCCUUUGCUGCACAGAAGCGGGCACCUGUGGGCUGAGAGGCUGGGGGCUGCAGGAGGUGGGUUCAAAGCAGCGGGCUGCAAGAUGCAGCAUGCCGGGGGUGUGGGGCACCCACGCUCUUGGAUGCUGGGCCGGGCGCUGGCAGCCUCUCCGCCCACAGCCAGGUUAGCUGUCUUGCCCCAAAGCAGGCUUUUUUUUUUCCCAUGCCAAAACAAUUUGGCAAAUUGCAACCCAAAUUUGGGCUGGCGUGACAAGAGCUUCAGGUGGGUGAAAUCUCAUGCGGGGGCAAGGCUUGCCCUGCUCUUGGGUUCUCCAGGACUGGGCGUUUCUUGCAGGAGGCUCCUGGUCCUGGUGGUACAGCCAAGUCCCAGGAGGCCCUGCAGAAUCUGCAUAGCGUGGGGGGUGCUUGGCUGCUGGAGGAUGUCCCGGUAGGGCUUCUCUAUCAGGCCAGCUCAGGACCAAUGCUGCCUGGUGGCCAGCUUGCCUUUGCUGAGCCUGCCCAAUCUGGGUCACUGCCCCCAGAUGUUGUGCUGACCAAGGCUGAAGAACAGGUGUUUUCCCCCCGCCUGGUGGGAGAGGAGAUAGGGAGUUCUGUUUUGCCUUUGGCCAUAAAAUGCUUUGACAUGGGAUCUUCCACCUGGGCACGCCCAGGGUGGGAGUGCAUGUGUUCUGAGGUGCCUGGCCCUUGCAACUCUGCUUGGGAUAGGAUUGACUAUCACAGGGUGGUGGGGCUCAGCACCUUGGUGCCUGCUGUGUCCCCUGUCCCCCUCCUGGCUCCAAUGCAUUCACCCUCUGCUCCUGGCAGCCUCCUGCUUGUUCCUCAGAGCUCGCACUUCAAAGGUAGGUCUGGCUGGGUGCUGGACAAAGAAGGGCUGUAAUUUGGCUGUGUUCAGGGUGGGAGCUAGAGCCUGCUUGCCCUGCCCACACCAGCCCUGCCUCUGCCUCCCGUGCCCAGCAGCAGCCCUAUGUUUGCAGCGUGCAGCCCCACCAGCACCGAGGCUGCUCUUCUGAUGCAGAAGGGAAGCAAGAGCCAGUCUCACUAUGCUGACCUCUUCUUCCUCCUCCUCUUCUCCUUUUCCCGGGUGCCCUGGCCUGCGGGCAGAGGAACUUGGCUGGCCCCAGCCCUUGGGUUCCUGGUGCUCCAUGCCAAGCUCCAUGAGCAGGUUGGGAUGGGGAUGGAAGCUGCCAUCAGCGCAGCUCCAAGCGCAGCAGGGCCUCUGUGCGGCCAACGUCUCUGGGCAGCAGCGGAACCAGCCCUGAGAACGUCUGCAGAAACAAUAGCAAUUGUUCUCUUUCUUUGUUCCCUUCCCUCCCCGGAUGCUGCGGAAGAAGGAGCUGUGCGGGUGGGCAGAGUGCGCUGCCCCUGCGCCGUGCUGCCCUCAGCCUUCUUCCAAGAAGUGUGUUUGUAUGUCGGGCAGUGCCUCGGUGCCGGGCCGUAAACAUGGGCAGCUGUUGCCUAAGCUUGAGCUGACAAAGCCUGAAUCAUCACUAACAAUAAUACGAGCUGUCGAUGGGGAAAGCAGUGCAAUUGGGCCGUGAGUCGCUUUGUCACGGGGCAGGAGAUUUCCUUGCAGCAGCGGAGCAGGGUGGCUCUGAUCAGGUUUGGUGCCUGGGUUGGGGAAUCUUCAGCUGCCGGUGGGGCUGAUGAGUGUCGGGUCAGGGAACGUGCCAGAACCACAGAACAUCCCAGGCACGUGGACACAAGUCCUGGGGCUUCCCUGCCUCGCUUUCUCCAUCCAUUUGUCACCCAUUGGCUGCCUGCUGCGUGGCCAACACCGAGGGCUUCCCGUGCAGGGCAGGAGGCUGCUAGCUCUGUCUGGAAGCCCACGGAGUGCUGGUGCUGCAGCAGGGUGGGAUGGUGGGACCGGAAUUGCUGCUGGGAGCUGGCAGUAAGGCAUGCAGUCGGAGCGCUUUGUGAUUUUUGUGGUGGCAUUCCUAAAAAUGGUGCCUUUUGCAAUCCGCGUGGCCCUUUGCCAAAACUUUCCUGGCAGAACCCCUCCAAAAUUUCUGGGAAUGAAGUUUUUUUAACUGGGGAUUGGAUUAAUGGCAACCACAGUCGCUGGGUGCUGCUGACAGGUUUACUGGUGUGGGGAUUUCUGCAGGGUGGCCUUGGGGAGCCGCAGACGCUCCAGGGAACGUGGGGAGGGAUCUUGACGCUGAAGAAAGGGCAGAGCUGAGGAAUGGGAUGCCAGCCCUGGGUUUUCUGCCCACUCCCACGUGAUGAUUUGUCUCUGAUGUUUGCUGGGAGCGUCAGCCAGGAGCAAACCCAUGCAUUCCAUCCUCGCUGGGCUGCUGUAUGCUCCCUGGGAAGGACCUGAUGGUGAGUUCCUCCGGAGCACCCGGGGAGCAGUUAUGCUGUGGGCAGGACCCCUGCAGUGAUGCGGGUGCCCUUCUCGCUCUGUUCUCUGCAUGUGAGCUCUGUUUGAAAUGUGCUGUCCACAGAUAUUGCUUCUCAACCUUUCUUCAUCCAGGGAUGGCCAAACUUUUUUGGGAGAAGUCCAAGGAUCGUUUUGUUCAGAGCUGCCACAUGGUUUUAUUUACAACCCAUAGGAACUAGGCAAUCAUCUCCUCUGUUUGUCUCUUUCAUUCUGUCCUCCCUCAGUUGCUUGUGCGCACAGGAAUGUGCAUGUGUGCUUAGGAACAGCUCUGCAGCCCUAUUCCUGGUGCUGCUGGGACAAGGAGCAGGUCUUGGGCUGAGCACAGCCACAGGCAUAGGUGCUCCCAAGCCCUUGUUUAAAAACACGGGUUGGUUCCCCAGGGCACAUCACCUACAGCUUCCCAAGCUGAAGAACAGUGAAAACCCUUCAGGGCCAUUGCUGUCCCUCUCCUCACCAGCUUCAACCUUGAGCUGCAGGGCGGGCCACCCCUGUCCACCAAAAUCACGUGAGGUUUGUUCUCCCCCCCCCUUGGCAUUCCUGCAUCUCUCUGCUUUUGCAGGGCACAGCAGCAGCUGUGACCUCGGGUCUGGUGAUGUCCUCCUCGGCUUCUGGCAGCUUUUUAACCAGUGAAGUCCCCAGAGUUAGCUGUGUCCCGGUGGGAAGCCAGGCCCUGCUGGUGCUUGGGCAGCACACACAGAUCCGGCCGCUGACGCAUGUCCCCACGUGCUGCCAGCUCCCCGGGCCGUGCUAACGUGACACAUGUGUGCAGCACUGCCACGGGGGGAGACUGCGGGGCUGUGGGGCGCAGUGGUCGCUGUGGGGUUCGGGCCGAGGGCCGUGUUGGUGUGUGCACCUUUGGUGGUUUGUCUCCAAAAAAGCCCUGGUUUGCUUCUCAACGUUUUGUCGUUUUGUGCUGGCCGUCAGCUUUCCAUUCUGCAGUUUGCCUCGCAGGAAUACUUUGGGGUGGGGGGAGCUAAUUUCAAUUGUUCGGAGGAUGGAAGUGCCUUGCUUUGUGGCAAGAGGAAGCAGGCAGCGCUCGCUGCGUGCGGAGAGUUUUUCCACUGCUGUCUCCUGUUUGAGCUCUGUAACCUCGAGGGUUUCUAAACUGGGACUUGGCAUAUCCCUGCCCUCCCCAUAGCAGGUCCAGCUGCGAUGCCCAGCCCUAGGCUUGGAGCUGUGCCUUGGGCAUGGGCAGAGUGAUCGGGCAUCACCUGCAUGGGAGAGAAAUGCCCCUCAUGGGAUCUGGCUCUUGGGGCAGGGUGCAGCAAACAGGAGGGGAUGGAGGAUCUGCCCGGUCCAGGCUGGGAUCGCUGCCGAAAGCCUGGUGCGUUUGAGGGCAGCACGGUGCCCACCUUGGCCUCCGUGGGCAGCGGCCGAUGUCGUGCCUUCCUCCAUGUGACCUCAGCAAAAUGAAUCACCAAAACUGAAAGGAAGCAAAAGGGGAAAAAAAAAAAAAAAAAAAAAAGAAUCCCUCCCCAAAGCCGCCUUCCAGAGGGCUGGGCACAAGAUAAAAGCUCUCCGAAGGAACGGGGCUCCUCCUCUCCCACCGCCGUCUUCCCAUUUAAAUGUCUGUGCGCCGCGGCCAGCCCAGCACAUCUUGCAGCCAGGCAGUGCCCACGCAGGGGCAGGGAGAGCCGGCCCUUAGCACUUCGCCCCCAGCCCUGCUCUGACGGAUGAUGCGAGAGCACCCAGAGGGCUGAGCACCGCUAAGGCAGCCCCAUGUUGGCCCCACUGCUGCUCUGGGCUGUCCUCCUCCAGUGGGCGUGCGGCAGGAGCUGGCAGCACUGCACAGAGCUGCGCCCGCUGGACGUGCUGGCAGAGCUGCUCCCCGGCAGCGGGGCGGCCCGCGGUGCGCGGGUGCUGCAGGCACAGGGGCUGAGCGGCCUCCAGCUCCGCGCCUCGCGGCCCCGCGCCCUGGCCUUCCCCGCCUCGCGCCUCUUCCUGCACUGCGACCGCUUCCCCGAGGAGUUCUCCAUCAUCGUCACCCUGCGGGUGCUCGCCGUCCCCACCAAGAGGAACGAGUACAUCUUCACGCUGAUGGCAGAGGAGAGCCCCGGCGUGCUGGUGGGGCUGCGCUACUCGCCCAGCAAGCUGCACUUCCUCUUCUGGAGCCCAGAGCGCUCCGGCGGCUGGCAGAACCGCGUCACCUUCCGCAACGUCUCGCUGGCCGACAGCCGCUGGCACACGCUGGUGCUGGCCGUGUCCGGGCAGUCCUUCUCGCUGUCGGUGGACUGCGGCCUCCCCAAGGACGUGGUGGUGGAGACGCCGUUUCCCCCUUCUCUGUCGGUGAAGAGAGCCAGCUUCUACCUGGGCAACAGGAGGAGGAGGAAAGGCUUCUUCACGGGCUUGCUGCGGCAGCUCGUCCUGCUGCCAGGAGCUGAUGCCACCCCUCGCAUCUGCACAGCCGUGAACUAUAAAGCCACAGCGCUCUCCAUCCCUGCAGUUCUCCAGGACGUCCCGGUGAAGGCAGUGAGCAACGAGGUGCUGAAGUACCCCCAUGGAGCCAACAUGAAGGUGACCCUGGGGUCCCGUCCGCCCUGCACCAAGCAGGAGAAGGCACAGUUCUGGUUCAACGCCUCCCGGAGAGGGCUGUACCUCUGCGAUGGCAGUGCCUGGAUCUCCAUGCUGGAAGUCAAGCAGCGGCUGGACUACGUGGAGGAGUACCAGGACCUGGUGACCAACUCUGAGACGAUGGGCGUCGAGGUCUUCACCAUCCCCAGGGUGGGACUGUUUGCAGCCACUGCCAACCGGCACAGCCCCCCCGGAUCGGCCAUCUAUAAGUGGACCGAUGGGAAGUUUGUGCUCUACCAGAACAUCCCCACCUACCAAGCUCAGUCCUGGAAGUAUUUCACCAUAGGCAAAAAGAUCUUCCUAGCAGUGGCUAAUUUUGAGCAGAAUGACAGGGGGCAGGAGUUCUCUGUCAUAUACAAGUGGAGCCACAGGAAGGAGAAAUUCGUCACCUAUCAGAGGAUCACCACGCACAGCGCGAGGGACUGGGAGGCGUUUGUCAUUGAGGGAGAGGCUUUCCUUGCAGUGGUCAACCACAGAGAAGGGAAUAACCACAACAUAGACAGCGUGAUAUACAGGUGGAACCCCAGCACGGGGCUCUUUGAGACCAACCAGACAAUCCCAACCUCUGGAGCCUACGACUGGGAAUUUUUUGCUAUUGGGCCUUAUUCCUUCCUGGCGGUGGCCAACACUUUCAAUGGCACAUCCACAAACAUCUACUCUCACAUCUACAUCUGGCUCAGUGGCUCUUUCCAGCUCUUCCAGUCCAUCCUGACUUUUGGGGCUGCUGACUGGGAGGUCUUCCACAUCGGGGACAGAGUCUUCCUGGCUGUGGCCAACAGCCACAGCUACGACAGCAGGAUCCCAGCACCUUCUAACUUCUAUGCCAUCAACUCCUCCAUCUACGAGCUGAACAUCACUGCCCAGAUGUUUGUCAAAUUCCAGGACCUCCUCACCUACAGUGCCCUGGACUGGGAGUUCUUCUCGGUGGGAGACGACUCCUUUCUGGUGGUAGCAAACUCCUUUGAUGGCUUCACCUUCUCCAUUAACAGCAUUAUCUACAGGUGGCAAGGCUAUGAAGGCUUCGUGGCAGCUCACCACCUCCCCACCGUUGGCUGCAGAGACUGGGAGGCAUUUAACACCACAGAGGGCUCCUACCUGCUCUACUCCAGUGCCAAGGAGCCCCUUUCCAAGGUGCUCAAGCUGAAAACCACCUGAGGUGCCCGAGGCACGCUCAGCUCCUUGCCAGGAUGGGAGUGGGCUGGGCACUGAGGUGAGGACGGACCGAGGCACGUUGAGAGCCUGGGGACAGCUGCAGUACCCGUGGGGCUGUGCGUGCCACAGGACAGAAGGACGGGAGCUCCCAGGUCAGCCAUCUCCAGCCAGGGGUCCCAGAGCUCUGCUAUGGUGGCUGAAGCUUGUGCAAAGCCAGGGGAGAAGAAGCCUGAGCAGAGCGCGUGCCGCUGGAUCGGGUGCAUGGUGUUGGGAGGAAACGAUGUGUGAGAAGUUGGGGAGAUGCUGGCUUUAGGCUGGCUCUGGUUGCCCAACGCUCAGGGCCACGGUGUGCCCAUGGGCCUGAUGCUGCCCCACGCUCUGUGUCCGCCUGCAGGCUGAGGACAGUGUGUACAUCAUGCAAAGCCACAGGUAUGUGCUGCAGCUGGCAGGCGGGUGUCGUGUCACUGUCAGCAUGGUGCAGGUGGCAGGGCAGGCCAGCCUGACGUUGGCACUUGUUCAGAGGGUUUUGGAGACAUGUGUUGGCACAUCACUGGCAUCCACCGCCCGGUCUGAUGCUGGUCCUGCACCCCUUUGCACAGGGUGGGGGAUACUUUUCCUUGCCUUUAUCUGGGGGCAUCUUUUGCUUAACCAGAGCUCAAAUAAACUGCUGCACCCCCUACAA